GGCAUUGCGAAGUUUUCUUUCUAAAUAAAAAAAAAUUCAUUAAAAAAUGGAAUUUAAUAUUUCAACAGAUUCAUUUGUAAAUUUAACAUAUUUAUUAGAUAAAAAAAAUAAUUAUGAUGUAAAAAUUAAAGUUGGAAAGGAAAAUGAUAUUGAAGAAUUCCAAGCACAUUCCAACGUAUUAUCUUCUAGAUCAAUUCAUUUUCAAUUAGCUUUAUUAAAUCAAUUAAAUGAAUCCGGAUUAUUUAUUUUAGAAGAACCAAAUAUUUCACCUUCAAUAUUUAAAAUUCUUUUAAAAUAUAUUUAUUCUGGAAAAUUAACUUUAAAUAAAAAAGUGAAAUGCUUUUACGUUAUAAUCGCUGCUUAUGAAUUACAAUUAAAAAAUGUUGCAGAAUAUCUUGAAAAAUAUUUAAAAGAAAAUGAUUCAGCUUGGAAAUUUCCUAAAGAUUUCUUUAUUAUUAGUGAACAGAAACAACUUAAACGAUUUGAAGAACAAGCAUUAGAAUUAGCAUGUAUAAAUCCAAGAAUUAUAUUUAAAUCUAAAGAUUUUCUACAACUUAAUGAAAGAUUUCUUAUUCAAUUAUUAAAACGGGAUGAUCUUGAAAUGAAUGAAAUAGAAAUUUUAAAUUAUUUGAUCAAAUGGGGAAUUGCAAACACAAAUCCAACAUUAAAUAAUGUUGAAAAAAGAUUUUAUUUUAAAGAACCGAAUCUAAAUAUAAAUACGAAAAAAUGGACAGCAAUUGAUUUUAUGAAUAUGGAAAAAACUUUACGAAAUUGUAUUCCUCAUAUUCGAUUUUUUCAAAUGUCACCAGAAAAUUAUAAAUUAUUUCAAGAUAAAUUUAAAAAUAUUCUUCCAAUUGAACUUGAUGAAGAAAUCAUGCAACAUUUCAAAGAAUAUAAUCCUUUAGUGAAACCUUCAUCUAAUAAAAAUAUAUUACCACCAAGAAGUUCAGUUUAUCAAUUUGAUUCUAAUAUCAUUAAUGCAAAAGAUGCAGCAUUGAUUGCAAGUUGGAUUGAUGGAAUUGAUAAUGGAAAUAAUAGAAAAUUAAAAAAAAGAUAUCAAUUUAAAAAUAUACCUUUCAAAUUCGAUUGUAUUUAUCGUGGUAGUAUUGAUGGAUUUGAUAAUUAUUAUUAUGAAAAAAAUUUAUUUAAAUAUAAUCGAAUUGUUGUUUUAAUUAAAGUUCGUGAUUCAGAAGAAAUUAUUGGUGUUUAUAAUCCAUUUGGAUGGGGUAUUAAUUAUGGUUUAUAUUUACGUUUUAAAUUAUUUAAAGAUGUCAUUUCUCAAUAUUUUAUUUUUUCUUUAACAAAUAGAGCAAAUCCUAUUUUAAGUUAUCAUAAAAAGGGAAUUAUGUCAAAAAUAUCAAAUGAUGGAUGUAUUUUAUUUGGUGAUUCAGAUUUAUCAAUUAAUGGAAGUUAUUGUACUAGUAAACAACAUUCUUAUAAGAAAAAAAUAAUUGAUAAAGAAUCAUUUGAAAUGGCUGAAUUGGAAGUAUUUCACGUUACAAAUAAAACUAUUUUUACGACACUUAGAAGGAAUUUUCUCUUUAUUAUUAGUUUAAUUAUAUUUUUGGAUAUUAGCAUAUAUCUUAUAGAAGCUAUUAUAUUUUAUUUUGUUUAUAAAGCAAAUGAUUGGCCAUGUACAAACCCGUUUAGAUAUUGCGAUAGCAAUUAAUUUGAAUUUGUUAAAAUAAAUGUAAAAAUAUAAGAUAUAAAUAAAUAAAAUUCUUUUGUUCAAUUAAAUAAACUAAUUUAGAUUUCAACUUCUACAGUUCUAUACAUACAAU